AAUAAUUUUAUUCAUUCCGUUUCUAUAAAAUCGAAUCGAAUCAACAACACGAAACCAAACCAGUGGCAUGUCAAAAAUGCUUUUAAAAUUUUCUGCUUACUAAGUAAACAAAACAGGAGGUCUGCUCCUCUCCUGUUUGGAUGCGUUUCUUUUCUUCUCGCAAAAUGCCUAGACCAGAAACUGCCCUCGGUAAAUCUUGUGUCAUUCAAUUUUCUUCAAAUCUUGUGUUUCUUUGAAGAUAAGAUUAAAGGGAAACUGAGUUUUGAGGAAGUAAACGAAUGCUUUUUUUUAUUUUUUUAUUUUUUUAUCUUUGCUCUCAAGUUUGGUUUGAAUUCUAUUCUUGACUUGCGAUUUAUGCUUUUCUCUUGCUUAAUUUGGUGGUUUCCAUGCUUUCUUAUUUUGGGAAUUGUUUUUUUUAAACAUCCUCGGAGUAGGUUUUGAAUUGAUAUGGAUUAUGGCGUAGGUACACUUUGUCUUUAUAAUUUCUUAUAUUUUGCUUGAAUUCUGUAGAGCCCUUAUUUUUCGCAUGGUAGGUAGAAAGCGAGUAGCUUUUUUCAUUAUAUGUCGGAAACUCAUGGAAAAUGCGGACAGUUUUUUUUUUUUUUAAAAAAAAUUAAAUGGCGCCAGCCUUGGAUAUUGGCUUUAGUUUGAAUUCUUUCUUUAAUUUUUUUUUUACUGUCCUAUUCAAGCCAAUGAAGCGAGAAGGAUGGUUCUUGAAGAAAAUUGACUAAUAAAGUUUACAAUUUGAGCUGCCUUAACGAUUGUUUUUUGUUUGCUACAAUAUUGAUGGGCUAUAGGAGACAAGAAACAUGUUUUCCAUGUUGGCUUUAGUUGUUAAAUUUGAUUAGUGAUGUUUUAUAGCAUCUCAUCAUUCGCGGAAAUGGCAUGAAUGGUGCGAAAUCAACUUCAAUUCGUAAGAUAUGCAGUGGACAACGUAAAAAUAAGCAGCAUGUGUUUAUAAAUACGCCAUUAUGUCCGUCCUUUAACUUGCUCCGGGACAGAUUGAUGUGUUUAUGUUUGAUCCGUGCAGGCAUACCUGGAGAUGGAAGAUGUUUGUUUCGGUCUGUGGUUCAUGGUGCUUGCCUUAGGACUGGGAAACCAUCUCCAAGUGAAAGCCUUGAGAAAGAACUAGCAGAUGAGCUUAGACAUAAAGUUGCAGAUGAAUUUAUUAAGAGGCGGAGGGACACUGAAUGGUUUAUUGAAGAUGAUUUUGACACUUAUGUUGUCAGGAUGAGACAGCCCCAUGUUUGGGGAGGAGAGCCUGAGCUGCUCAUGUCCUCACAUGUCCUGAAGAUGCCAAUCACUGUAUACAUGCGAGAUAGAAAUUCUGGUAGCCUUAAAAUUAUUGCUGAAUAUGGUCAAGAAUAUGGUAAUGAGAAUCCUGUGCGUGUCCUGUAUCACGGUUAUGGGCACUAUGAUGCAUUGCCCGGUCUGAAUGGUGAUGCACAAUCCAAGCAGUUCAAGAAAAGAUGAAGAAAUCACAAUACGGGAUGUAAUGCUUUCUAGUCGGAAGAUUUCUCUUUGGUACUUGAAAUUAUCUUCUUUCUUCAUGGACUUGAAGUUAUUCAAUAUGAAUCUCACAUACAGGAAUUUGAUGGGAUCACAAGAUGCAAUUGCCCCUAAUUAACUUGGCCAAAUUUUCAUUAAAAAAAAAUGUGAUGGAAAGAAUCCGAUGAACUGGUUAGAUAAUUACGCCCGUGAACUGUGGUUUUUUAACAUGCACCUUAUGAUUCUUCUACCUUUUCCAAUUGGCUUUUGCUCUUGGAGCUAUUUUAAUUCUAGUCAGGCUUAUAAAAACAAGGUAUGCCUUAAAAUACGUCUAGUCAUAAUCAAAUAUAUCUGAAUUCUUGAA